AUGAACCCUGCCCGGCAGCUGUUCUUGCUGCUGCCGUCGCUGCUCCUGGUGGUGGUGGUGGUAAAAAAGCCAGCCACAUCAUCGGCGUCCCCGUCAUGGCCAGACACAUCGACUCGUAAUGUUUCUUCAUUCUCUCUUUUUUCUUUCCUUCUCUCUCCCCUUUUUGCUUUCUUCUCUCUCUUCCUCCCCUUUUUGCUUUCUUCUCUCUCCCUCCCCUUUUUUUUCUUCUCUCUCCCUCCCUUUUGCUUUCUUCUCUCUCCCCUCCCUUUUUUAGCUUUUUCUUCUCUCUCUCUCCCCUUUUUGCCUUUCUUCUCUCUCUCUCCCCUUUUUGCCUUUCUUCUCUCUCUCUCCCCUUUUUUAAUUUUCUUCUCUCUCCCCUUUUUGCCUUUCUUCUCUCUCUCUCCCCUUUUUGCCUUUCUUCUCUCUCUCUCCCCUUUUUGCCUUUCUUCUCUCUCUCUCCCCUUUUUGCCUUUCUUCUCUCUCUCUCCCUUUUUUUCUUCUUCUCUCUCUCCCCUUUUUUAUUUUCUUCUCUCUCUCUCCCUUUUUUUCUUUCUUCUCUCUCUCUCCCCUUUUUUUUUCUUCUCUCUCUCUCUCUUUUUUUCUUUCUUCUCUCUCUCCCCUUUUUUUCUUCUUCUCUCUCUCUCUCCCUUUUGCCUUUCUUCUCUCUCUCUCCCUUUUUUUCUUUCUCUCUCUCUCUUUUUCUCUCUUUCUUCUCUCUCUCUCCCUUUUUGCCUUUCUUCUCUCUCUCUCCCUUUUUUCCUUUCUUCUCUCUCUCUCCCUUUUGCCUUUCUUCUCUCUCUCUUUUUGCCUUUCUUCUCUCUCUCUCCCUUUUUUCUUUUCUCUCUCUCUCCCCUUUUUUUCUCUUUUCUCUCUCUCUCUCCCUUUUUCCUUUCUUCUCUCUCUCUCCUUUUGCCUUUCUUCUCUCUCUCUCCCUUUUCCUUUUUUUCUCUCUCUCUCCCCCUUUUUUUUUUUCUCUCUCUCUCUCUCCCCCUUUUUUUUUCUCUCUCUCUCUCUCUUUUUUUUUUUUUCUUCUCUCUCCCCUUUUUGCCUUUCUUCUCUCUCUCUCCCUUUUUUUUCUCUCUCUCUCUCCCUUUUUCUCUUCUUCUCUCUCUCUCCUUUUUGCCUUUCUUCUCUCUCUCUCCCUUUUUUUCUUUCUUCUCUCUCUCUCUUUCUCCUUUCCUUCUCUCUCUCUCCUUUUUGCCUUUCUUCUCUCUCUCUCCCUUUUUCUUUCUUCUCUCUCUCUCUCUUGCUUCUUCUCUCUCUCUCUCUUUUGCCUUUCUUCUCUCUCUCUCCCCUUUUGCCUUUCUUCUCUCUCUCUCCUUUUUCUUUUCUUCUCUCUCUCUCUCCUUUUUUCUUUCUUCUCUCUCUCUCCCCUUUUUCCUUUUUCUCUCUCUCUCCCCUUUUCUUUUUGCCUUUCUUUCUCUCUCUCUCCCUUUUUUUCUUUCUUCUCUCUCUCUCCCCUUUCCUUCUCUCUCUCUCUCCCCCCUUUUUCUCUUUCUUCUCUCUCUCUCCCCUUUUUGCUUUCUUCUCUCUCUCUCCCCCAAAAUUCUUCUCUCUCUCCCUCUUUGCCUUUCUUCUCUCUCUCUCCCCUUUUUGCCUUUCUUCUCUCUCUCUCCCCUUUUUGCCUUUCUUCUCUCUCUCUCCCCUUUUUGCCUUUCUUCUCUCUCUCUCCCCUUUUUGCCUUUCUUCUCUCUCUCCCCUUUUUGCCUUUCUUCUCUCUCUCCCUUUUUGCCUUUCUUCUCUCUCUCCUCUUUCUUUUCUUCUUUCUUCUCUCUCUCUCCCAUUUUUUUUGUUUCUUCUCUCUCUCUCCCUUUUGCCUUUCUUCUCUCUCUCCCCCUUUUUUUUCUUUCUUCUCUCUCUCUCUCCCUUUUUUGCUUUUUCUCUCUCUCUCCCCCUUUUUUCUUUCUUCUCUCUCUCUCCCCUUUUUUGCCUUUUCUUCUCUCUCUCUCCCCUUUUUGCCUUUCUUCUCUCUCUCUCCCCUUUUUGCCUUUCUUCUCUCUCUCUCCCCUUCUCUUUUUUUUCCUUCUCCUUUCUUUUCUCUCGCAUUUCUUCAUUUCCUUUUUUAUUCACUUUGUAAUCUGCCACAAUUUAAUAACAUCUAUCUAUCUAUCUAUCUAUCUAUCUAUCUAUCUAUCUAUCUAUCUAUCUAUCUAUCUAUCUAUCUAUCUAUCUAAUAAACUAUUCGGUUUGAUUUGUCGAAAUUCAGUGUCCUAG